GAAGGAGAAGUGAGAAGGAGAAGAAGAAGAAGAAAAAAGAUGGACAUGAAAGAAGUGAUGUUGGCUAUUCUUUGUGGUUUGCUUCUCUGCUUGUCAACACUCCCUACCCACUCAGCAUACUACACAGAGAAAUUAAACCAUGAGGAAAUGAAAGAAAAAGUGACAGAGCUUCACUUCUUUCUACAUGAUACCCUCAGUGGCAAGAACCCAACUGCAGUUCUGGUUGCCCAUUCCAACAACACCAAUGGUGAUGAUCUCAAGUCUACAACACCAUUCGGAAGCGUUUACGCCACUAAUGAUCCUUUAACAGAAGGUCCGGAAUUGACAUCGAAGGUGAUCGGUAACGCGCAAGGUUUAUAUGUUUCAUCUGGUCAAGAUACUUUGUCACUUGUUUUAUAUGUUGAUUUUGGGUUCACAACAGGGGAAUACAAUGGAAGCUCUAUUAGUGUCUUUUCAAGAAAUCCAGUUACAGAAGGUGAUAGGGAACUUGCAGUUGUUGGUGGUAGAAAUAAGUUUAGAAUGGCUAGAGGGUUUGCCAAUCUUAAGACACAGUACUUGAAUGUCACUAAUGGAGAUGCUGUAAUUGAGUAUAAGGUUACUGUGUUCCAUUACUGAAUUUAGAUUUAG